CUACUUAUACCUAUUCUUUGUUUUUUAAAAUGUCAUACUCGCAUCUGUAACGCAUGGGUUGGUCCGUUUCAUUUGAAUCUUGAUAGUUUUAUUGAACAUUGGAAAAUCUAUAGUGGUGAUCUAGAAAUAGAACGAUCAUUUCUAGUUGGUUUAUUUUCAUUUGAUAAAGAAUAUCUUCAGAUUGAACUUGGUGAAAAUCAAAUUGAUAACGAUACAUAUAAUAUGUAUUUUGUUUACUUUCGUCAUCCUAUGUAUAACCAAUUAUUAUAUACAUUCAAUCCAAUUAAAGAAUCAAGUAUUAGUAAUCUAUCAAAGAAAUUAUUCGUUAAAUUACCAACAUAUUUAACGUCUCAUUUUCAUAAACGUCUUCCUUACCGUUUUGAACAAUUUAAUAGUAAUACAUUAAAAUGUAUUAUUCGACAGCUUGAUAUUUCAUCUGAGGUAGAUAACAUUAAACUUAUGAAAUCAAUGCAUAUAAAAAUAAUUGAAGAAAUAUAUGAUCGAAAUGCUACUGAAUUCAAUAUGAAAGUUAUAAAUCAAUGUGGUAUUCUACUCGGAUAUUUAUAUGAUUGUCAAAAUGAAAUAGUAUUUAGUCCAUCGUCGAAUCAGCGAUACAAAUUUUCUGAUUUUGUUGCAGCAUUCGAUGCUUCGUCAUCCUAUUCACCUUAUAUGAGUUAUUUAUUCGGCGGUCUCUUUUAUGAACUAGAACAAUUACGUCAAAGACAAGAAGCUAUUCGUACUCGAGAAGAACAAAGACGGUAUCGCUUGGCCUUGUUUAUCGAGGAAGAAGAGAGAAUACAAAGAUUGAAUCAAGAAUUUGAUUUUGAACAAAUUUGGAAUCGUGUACCGUCGGCAUCGCCUCGUUUUAUUGCAAAUUUUCGUCUUGAAGAUCCCAAAAUAGUUAAUAGUCAAUUAUGUGAAACAAAUUGUAGUAUUUGUCUCGAAACAUUACAACCAGAUGAACAUUAUUCUCAAUGGCCAUGUCCAGCUCAACACGUUUUUCACUAUAACUGUAUGCUGAAUGUCUUGCGAAGACAAAAUAGUUGCCCUUUAUGUCGACAUUUAGUCGAAGCGGCGCCUCUGCCAUCGUUAGAUGUUGUUUGGAGAAAUUUUUUAUUCAGAGUGGCUUCACGUGUGGCUAAUUAG